CCUUCUCACAGGCUCAUCGGUGAUCGGGGGAUUCCAUUGUUCUUCUACUCGAUUCUUCUUCGUGCUCAACCAGUGCGUGGGUUAGCUAAGACACCUCUUCAACUCAGCUCAGAACAUGCGUUGCAAGACCGCAGGCUGCACUCUAGACGCAGGGCCCGAGAGACUGCUAUGAUGGCCGCGACAAAGAUCACCAUCGACCGCCGGGGCCUCUUACGAUAGGAAGUCCAGCCUCAGCCACAGCCUAGUGAGCCUCAGCAACGUAACGUGGUCUCGACGUGUUCUGACAGAUGAGAAGGGGUCCUGAGGAAGCCCAGAACUGCUUAUCAGCGUGUCAGGCCUGUCGCUUUGACUUUCCCAUCUCACCUCUUGGAGUCUUGGAGAAACGACCAGUGAGCCCAGCCGGCAGGGAUCAGCUCAGGUUGACCAUCUACAGGCCCAACGUUCCCGCCGCUCCUCCAUUCGUUGACAGUGGUGCCGGAAACAUUUUACGACACCCCCUGCAAUUGGCUUGAAUGCUGCCCAUCUAUUCCGAGUCCAGAACGAGGUGGACCUUGGGUGCACCAGUGUCCACCAUCUCCUGGCGCAAUGUGCAUAUCCUCUGGCCAUCACCGGAAACCUUUCCCGGUCAAAUCCGUGGCGCGAUGGGUUGUGCUGGACGGUGGUGGUGGUGGUGGUGGUGGUGGUGGUGGUUGCGCUCUCCAACAAACAACGAACAAUGGCCUGUUCGCCUGAGAACUGCAGUGCUUGGAUCCUUUUUUCGAUGACGCUAAAAUUGAUCCGUUUUCAAAACCCGCACAUCUCGCCUUUGAAAUCCCACGACUUGACUUGAGGCGAACAGAAGUGUCCACUACUGUCGAACCACCGAGUCUUUGCUGCUGUAAUGGUCACAGGGGACCUUCUCGGCAUUUCUUCAUAAAGGGGAUCUGCGUCUAGAAUUAUCCUUUGUCGUCUUCUUCCUCUUUUUAUGUUGGUCCCCUUCGCGGAUUAAGCUGGCCCAGGCUUCUCUGUGGCUGUAAGUGUUGGCUUGGGGCUGUUUGUCCCUGUCCGGAACACGACCCAGGGAGGCACCAUGCCGGAUCCAAUGGACGUUACCGUCGGCCCGUCGCAGGGCCAGCGUCGGCCGGGAAGUUCUCCUCCCAAGCAACGCCCGUCGAGGAAGACCAACGUCGCCAAAGUGCGAACUUCACACGCCUGCGAUCGCUGUCGCUUGAUGCGGACAAAGUGUUCGGGGGGUGACCGAUGUUCCAAAUGUCUCAAAGACGGAGCAGCCUGCGUCUAUGGUGAUCGCAAACGGGAACGCAACAAAAAAGAUCUGGCCGAAAGUCUCGAUCGCAUCAGCCUCCUGGAAGAAGAGAAUAGUCAGUUGGUCAGUGCACUUCGCUCAGUGACUGAGCAGCCAGAUUUCCGCCCAGAGGAGAACGCCCGUAUCUUGCAGCUCCUGACAAAGUACUCAGAGCAAGACGAAGAAGAAGAGGAGGAGGAGGUAGAGGAGCCUCCUGGGGGGCCGCUGAGCAGUCAUUCGCAGAGUCGAGCCACGCCCUCUGCUUCCCAACUUCCAUCAUCCGGGUCGAGCCAAGCUCGGCCACGGGUAGGCGACAUGCGUGGCGAGGGCAAGGCCAGAUCCGACGCGGGCUCUCCUCAUAGACAGGGCGAGCUGAACCAUAUCGUGACUCUGGAUCUUGGGGGAGGCGCCUCGGGCUUUGUUGGAAAGAUGUCGGAGAUCUCUUGGAUUCAACGUGGAUUCGAGACUGUCCGGGGACACACUGCCCCCAACCACGGUCUGCUGCAUGCAGCAGAAAUGGACGAAGAUCCCGUCACAACCACAGAUUUCAUCUAUUUCAUGGACGACAUUAACGUAUUGUCCGUGGAUGAGGAUUACGUGGAUCAGUAUCACUGGCCGAACGAUGACUCUCUGGUGAUUCUGUCGGAAGCCUUCUUUCACUGUAUGCAGGGCGCAUUUCAUUUUGUCCUCCGUGAGGAAUUUCUCCAACGGGCAAACUCUUUCUCAGGCAAGGGGACGGCCCCGUCGUGGAGAAACCGGCGAUGGUUGGCGCUGGCAAAUCUUGUGUGGGCUAUCGGGGCGAAGUGGCUCAAAAUUACCCAGCUCGCCGACGGGGACUCUAACGGAGAGCAUCUCACUUAUUUCGCAAGGGCACGGGCGUUGGGACUUGAUCACAGAGUCAUGUUCGACCAUCCUGACAUCGAGCGUGUCCAAGGCAUUGGGCUUUUAGCUUUCUACCUUCUGGUCAAUGGAUCCAUUACGCGAGCCUGGAAUACGCUGGGCCAUGCGACCCGGCACGCCACGGCACUGGGCCUGCAUUUGAAAAUCACAGAUCCGGCCGUGAGCGAACUGGACAAAGUACGGCGAGCCCGCACGUGGUAUUCACUCUACAGCCUCGAGAUCUUGAUUGCUGAGAUCACAGGCCGGCCCAAAUCCAUAUUCUUGACGGAUGUGACGAUACCCAUCGAUCUUUUCUAUUCAGUUCCCAAAGAGAUGCAGCAAUUCUCUGCCCAGAUCGACAACUUUCGCUCGCCUGAUGCCUCGAGAAAGAUCUGGCUCGACUACUUGAAUCGUGGCCGCAAUGUAUCCCAAAUGACCGGGGGCGUGGUGCCUUGGAAAAGUUUUGCAUCAGUAGGACGAGGCGCCCCCACUUCAUACUUGCCUCAACGACUAUAUCUCUGUCGACUCAGCGACAAGAUUGCGUCGCAAAUGUACACCGGGACGUCCGAAGAUUCGUGGUUCCAGAUUCAACGCAAGAUCGGCAAUUUGCAGUCGGAGCUGAGAGCCUGGGCGGACCAGCUCCCGCCAGAGUUGGCUCUUCAGGGCGAGGAAUCGGCGGACAUAGAUCCUCGAAGCAAGAUCGAGCUAAGGCUGUACUACCACAGCGUGGAGAUGAUCCUCCACCGUCCAUGCCUGUGCGAGGUGAUUAUCGAGGACGAAUCGAGCCGGUCGAAAGAAUUCAACCGAAGCUCGGCGCGAGCCUGCGUCCACGCGGCCAUGUCCAUGUUGUCACUCAUGCCCGACUAUCCCACGGCUCACGAAGCGUAUCAGCUGCUUCCGUGGUGGGCCCUCCUCCACUUCGUGGCGCAAGCAGCGGCUGUGUUGUUGUUGGAGCUCGCCCUCGACGCGCGACACUUCCCAGACGAGAUACCCCAGGUGGUGAUGUACUUGCGCAAGGCCAUGUCGUACCUCUGGUGCAUGAGCGAAGGCUCGUUGUCCUGUCACCGCGCAUGGAGGAUAUUCCGGCAGCUGCUGACCGAGGUGCUGGAGCGGCACGAGGAGUUGGACAUGAUGGAUGUCCCUGCCGAGGCGCCGCCUCCGCCUAGGUGGAAUGACAAGCUCGAAGAGUUGACAGUCAAGGCUUUCGCGUCUAGGAAACAUGGGAUUUCUCCCCCUAUGCCGCACUAGGAGAAGGAAAGGAGAGGAGGAAGCACUGGCCCUGCGCAACACAAUCCUCGAAAAUCCGCACGAGGAUGGGAAAGGGUAAAUUCGUUACUCGUAAAAGAGAAACCAGAUCUCUUACGUGACCAUCCGUGGAACAGCUACAUACAUAUGCGGAUUUGACGCAGUCAUGGAAAUGAACACGGACGACAUGGCAACCACCUGCACCGGUUGUGCUUAGUAUACAUACACCAAAGUCAUAUCUAGCACUCGACGGACAAGCUUCCCCCCUUUCCUUGAAUCCCCAAGUCAGCUUCAUUGAUCAUGAUACUUUGAGGGUUGAUG